AAGCCUCCGGAUCCCAGCCUCUGGGCCCUGAACUCCUGCCCAAGAUGAUCCCAGUGGUGGUCUUGCUGCUACUGCUGCUGCUGAUUCAAGAAGCUGAGGCUCUGUCUGAACCCCAGCUCUGUUACAUUCUGGAUGCUGUGCUGUUUAUCUAUGGCAUUGUCCUCACUCUCCUCUACUGCCGCCUCAAGAUCCAGAUGCGAAAGGCAGCAGCUCGAUAUGAGAAAUCUGAGGAAGUCUACACAGGCCUGAGUUCCCGGACCCAAGAGACUUAUGAGACACUGAAAUAUGAAAAACCUCCACAGUAGAGGAAGAACUAAGGCCAGAGCCCCUAUGGUCACUUCAAGUCUCAAGUCUCAAUCCCAGCCCCCACUGCCACCUGAGCACCCUUUUUUGCCCUGACCUUUGCGAUUAAAAUCAACACAUAAAAUAUGCCCAUCCUCCUUGUUACUAUGAUGUAACUUCACUUCUCUGAUAACCAUCUGGCUUUGCCUCUUUUUAUUAAUAGACGAUUCCACUUGCUCAUGUUACUAUCCCUGCCCCCAUGAAUCUACAAAGAUGUCACUGACCCUCAUUAACAUUCACAUACUGAUCCCUGACCAUCCCUUCUUAUUAAAGAGUCUCCUACUCCUUGUCUG